ACAAACAAAAUCCAGAAGAAAAUCAUUAAGUUUUGAAGAAUCAAGGAUGUGGAGAAAGCGAAGGAGUCCAAUAAUGAUAGGAGUAGUCCGAUCGAUCCUUCUCACAAGCCUGGUCAGCAUGGUCCAUGUUGUGGAAGUGAAUGGCCAAGCGGAGCCAUUCGACCAACGGGUCCCUGCAACGACGACGGCGGGGUAUCCAUCAGACAGUAUAAGCCCCACCAACCCAUCUCCCAGAUACCCGACUCCUAUUAUUAAUGAUCCGACUGCCCCCAAUUACGGCCUCAACUCGUCUUUCCCCGCGGGCAGUACUCUCAACCCGACCAAUAUCCCUGGGACUGCGACUGGCGUCACUUCGAGUCCGACGACUAACUCCUCAGCCAUCCCUCAUCCUCCCCUAGACCCCAACUCUUCUUCUUCUAGACCUCCUCCUAAUCAGAACCCUCCUCCCCCUCUUCCCGGCCCUUCUUCGCCUAACAAUAUUAAUCCCAACAACGCCGCGGCCUCGGUCGAUAAUAAUCAACAGACUCAGACGAUUGGUGGCGGCUUGAAGCCGGAGAUCUUGAUGGCUGUCGUGCUGGCUGGAUGUCUUGGGCUAGUGGUCCUGAUCCUGGGUGGAUUGUUCAUUUGGAGUCGGUGUGUCCGGCCCCGACUCCGAGCCGCAAACGCUAGUAACAAAGCAGAGAUUAGGAAUACUAGUAAUACUAAUGAUGAUGAUGAUGAUCAGAAGAAGAAGGAGGAUAAUAGGGUUGAGACUGCUGAUCGAGCUGCUAGCCAAGCUUCUUCCUCUGCUUCUCGUGAUGUUGGUAGCCCUAGUGCUAGUGCUGUUGGUACUGAUAGAGCUAAAGAAGACGGUCUUGAUCAGCCUGUUUCCACUUCUGUGUGAUUCGAGAAUAUAUAAGAGAUCCUUGUUUGGUUUGGGGGCGAAAAAUGUUUGUAGAAAUAUGUGCGAUAAUUUGGUUCCCCUUUCCUUGGUAUAUAUUGUACGGAAAAGAGAAUGUGAUUGAUGGGUUCAUCAGUUUUGGUUGAUGUUAACUCUUAUAG